AUGGAUAAUAUGUCUGAUAUUAGGAUUUUCACUCUUUCAGGGAUAAACGAGACAAUGAAUUACAGAACUGCCAUCUUCUCACUUACUUUAGUGUAUUACUGUUUGAUUUUAUUAGCCAAUAUCUCUCUUGUUAUGAUCAUUGUCUUAGAUGAAAACCUGCAUGAACCUAUGUAUAUUUUAUUGGCCAGUUUUUGCAUUAAUGGGCUUUAUGGCACCACAGGUUUCUACCCAAAAUUCCUCUUAGACCUGCUGUCGUCCUCUCAAGUAAUCUCAUAUGAAGGCUGCCUUAUACAGGCUUUUAUCAUGUACUCAUUUGCUUGCAGUGAUUUGUCCAUCCUAGCGGUUAUGGCCUACGACAGAUAUCUGGCUAUAUGUCGACCACUUCACUACCACUCUUUCAUGACUAAGAGGAGGCUCUCUCAGCUGGUGUGUUUCUCCUGGCUAACACCUUUCUGCAUUUUGUCCAUCAACAUCAUACUCACGUCUAAACUGAAGCUAUGUGGAUCAAAAAUCCAGAAAUUAUUUUGUGUGAACUGGACAAUUGUUAAACUUGCCUGUUCUGAAGCCGAUACCCUUUCAAACAGCAUAUUUGCAUAUAUUACAAUUGUCGUUUAUGUGUCUCACGGGUUUUUCAUCAUUUGGACUUACAUGCAUCUAAUUAAAACAUGCGCAAGGUCCAAAGAAGACAGGGUAAAGUUCAUGCAGACGUGCAUGCCACAUUUAGUCUCUUUAAUCACAUUCCUGAUUGUAAUACUUAUAGAUGUGAUGUACAUGCGGUUCGGCUCCACUGAUUUACCUCAAAGUCUUCAAAACUUCAUCGCUAUAGAAUUUCUCCUCAUCCCUCCAGUCAUGAAUCCGCUCAUCUAUGGAUUUAAACUGACCAAAAUACGAAAUCGAAUUCUGGGUUUAGUUUGUGUCAGAAGAAAAUCACCUGUCAUUAAGUUCCAUCCGUAAUGUAUUCUUUUAUUAUUUGUUUAUUUAAAUAGGACAAUGCUGAACUCUUGUUUGAACAAUUGCUGAUAAAGCAUCUAACCUUGCAGUUUUUUAAUUUAAUUUCUGGAAAAUUACAUGUACGUAUGAAUAUGUCGCUGUGUUUGUGGUGCUGCCUCUCUGUGUAAUGCAAGGAGGAGUUUGUCACACCACAUACAAUGUUUGUUUGUGCUGUAAAUAUACAGAAAAUGUGUUCUUUUUUCUAUGCCAAGAUUAAAAUAAUUGCUGUCUUAAACAUCUGUUUGUCUCUCAUUGUGAAUGCAAUGUAUUGAACGUUUUCUGUA